GUCUCCGUUUUCAAUGUUUUGACACUUUCUCCUAUCCCUCCAACAAAAGUCCGUCUUUCAUUAAAAAUAAUUUUUCCGUCGCUUUCCCACCCUUUUUCCCACCAGAGAAAAUCCUAAUCUAUUUUCCGAGAAAAUCGACCCAACGAACCAAGCCAAAAGCCGCAAACAUGAGAAAGCCUCAAUAACACCCAAUCAAAAACAAAAUAUACGAAGAAACAAGGAAGGAAAUUUCUUUGAAUCUCGUCUUCUUGAUAAUUUCUAGGGUUUCUUGUUCUAUAUUUAUAGUUUAGCGGCUGCUUCGUCUAGAAUCUAAUGGCGUCGCAAGUGCAGGCAGGGAUCGACCCCGCCGUAUUGGAUGAUAUAAUCAGACGGCUCACGGAGGUCCGAUCGGUGAGGCCUGGUAAGCAGGUCCAACUUUCCGAGUCGGAGAUCAAGCAACUCUGCGUUGCUUCCAAAGACAUUUUCCUCCGACAGCCGAAUUUGCUCGAGCUUGAAGCCCCUAUCAAAAUUUGCGGUGACAUCCAUGGGCAGUACAGCGAUUUGUUGAGGCUUUUUGAAUAUGGGGGUUUUCCUCCGAGUGCCAAUUAUCUAUUUUUAGGUGACUAUGUUGAUCGUGGCAAGCAGAGUUUGGAAACAAUAUGCCUUUUGCUUGCCUUUAAAAUUAAGUAUCCAGAGAACUUCUUUCUUCUUAGAGGAAAUCACGAGUGUGCUUCUAUUAACCGGAUAUAUGGAUUUUAUGAUGAGUGUAAACGACGAUUUAACGUGAGACUUUGGAAAGCAUUUACCGACUGUUUUAACUGCCUUCCUGUGGCAGCUGUUAUAGAUGACAAAAUAUUAUGCAUGCAUGGGGGUCUGUCUCCUGAUUUAACACACUUAGAUCAAAUAAGGAACCUACCUCGUCCAACUGCUGUUCCUGACACUGGUUUGCUUUGUGACUUGCUUUGGUCGGAUCCCGGAAGAGAUGUUAAGGGAUGGGGAAUGAACGACAGAGGAGUCUCGUACACCUUUGGCCCUGAUAAGGUGGCAGAGUUCUUGCUCAAACAUGAUUUGGACCUUGUCUGUCGUGCCCAUCAGGUGGUGGAGGAUGGCUAUGAAUUCUUUGCUGACAGGCAACUCGUAACAGUAUUUUCAGCCCCAAACUACUGUGGUGAAUUUGAUAAUGCUGGUGCAAUGAUGAUUGUUGAUGAAAACUUGAUGUGCUCUUUCCAAAUUCUCAAGCCAGCGGAGAAAAAAGCUAAAUUCAUGAUGUCAACGAAAAUGUGAAAUUGAGCCAGUGUUAUUUAAAGGGCAUUUUGCCAUUGUUGCUCGGAGAAAAUGGAUGAAAAUGAAGGUGGCCAGAUCUCCAGAACUAGAAGUUUAUUCAACUUAAGUGAAUCAACACACACUUUCUUAAGCUACCCGAGAGACUCCACAAGUUAGUUUACUAUUUGAAGGAGUAAACAAAGCAGAAGGGUUAAUCUUCUUCUUCUUCUUCUUCUUCUAGUUUGUACUUAUGUUGGAACAAUUGUGUAGAUAUGUGGCAAAUUAUAGUUAUGCUGUGCCGGUUGUUGGUCCAGAAAUGGCCUCAUUCACUGCUAGUGGAAGAAAUUUUCAGUUUUUCAGAGUUCAGACUAAGGGGUUUCCUUUCAUUGCGCUAUUUAAGUUUUUAGUUUCUUGUUAAAAUAUUUGAAUUUGUGAUGGUGGAUGUGUAGGAUGAUAUACCGUGGGUGUUAUUGAUGAUUGUGCUCAUCUUUCAGCCAUCUAUAUGGUUAGCCAUUUGAUUGAAGAUUAACAACAUUUCGGCUGUACUCUGUCCACUUUUGACCUUUAAUAUCUCUCUCUCUCUCUUCUUUUUUUUCCCCCCUUUCUAAUACAUGUCCAAGUGGACGACUUUUUCUCAGAUUUUGGAUAUUGCCCAUACAUUUUUAGCCUGACCUUUGUAUGGUUUGACUUCAGGAUGAUUUGGAGCAGAAAAUUUCCCCCCUCUCUGAAGGGCAGAUUGCUUAACUUGACCUCUACUCUUUUCAUCUUUUGUAUGUUUGGUGUUUUAAUACUUUAAUUUGAUAUUGAUGUGGAUAGGGACGUUCUUAAACAACAAUUUGUUUCUUUUCUUAAGCCAUAUUUCUUAUUUUAUUUGGCUCAACCGGGUGAGUUGUUUAUAAACAACUCUUUUCCAAACAUUAUUAAAUCAUAGAAACGUCACAGUGAUGUUUACCUAUACUCUCUUUGUUGUUGAUUCAGGAUAAGGAAGUCUAUUGCGAUAUUUUUUUUUUUUUUUGAAAAAGCUUGUACAC